AUGCACAGAUGCACGUAUUGUAAAAAUAAAAGACUUAGAGAAAAUCGGGGGAGGAAGAAAGUCAACCUCCCGUUUGACUGGAUCGAGAUCUGGCCGAGGGAGCUCGUCGCCGGCGACGGGAGAGGAGAAGGAGACGGCGGCCGGCGUCGGGGGAAGCUCGAGAGGAGGCCGGGGACGCGGGUCCGGCGAGGGGAGACGGCAGCGCGGGCGUCGGAGGGAGUGGAGGCCGCGGGCGGAGCGGCCGACGGCGGCGAGGUCGCCGGCGCGCGGACGCCGCCGCGGCGGAGCGGCGAGGCAGCGACGGAGGUGCGGAGGCGGCGGGGGGCGGCGGCGCCGGCGCGGGAGGGCGCGCGCGCGGGGACGGAGGGCGGCGGCGAGAGUUGUGAUGCGAUGAACAGGUGCAUGUAUUGUAAAAAUAAAAGACUUAGAGAAAAUCGGGGGAGGCAGAAAGUCAACCUCCCGUUUGACUGGAUCGAGAUCUGGCCGAGGGAGCUCGUCGCCGGCGACGGGAGAGGAGAAGGAGACGGCGGCCGGCGUCGGGGGAAGCUCGAGAGGAGGCCGGGGACGCGGGUCCGGCGAGGGGAGACGGCGGCGCGGGCGUCGGAGGGAGUGGAGGCCGCGGGCGGAGCGGCGGACGGCGGCGAGGUCGCCGGCGCGCGGACGCCGGCGCGGCGGAGCGGCGAGGCAGCGACGGAGGCGCGGAGGCGGCGGGGUGCGGCGGCGCCGGCGCGGGAGGGCGCGCGCGCGGGGACGGAGGGCGGCGGCGAGAAGAAUAAACAACUUGGGCCGGGCCGGCACAGCAAAUCACGUAAGAAAAACGUGCAGCGGGCGGCCCGCCCCGACCGCGCGCCCGUGGCCGUGGAAUCCAGCGGCAGCGGCAGAGGCAGAGAGAUGGCCGCGCAGUGA